AUGGAACCUGAGAAGGAGGAGGGAUCCCGGAGCUCCUGGCUGGUCUGCGCGGCCUGCACAUACCCUCUCGUUCGGGCAGAGGAGCUCAUCGAGGAGAAGUUUGAGUGUCGGAAAGAUGUGGCUUGGGUGUACGAGCUAGGUGUGUUGGAGCAGCAAGUUUGGUGCUAUUCAGCCACCAACGCCCACGAUCACAGGUUCGACGUGGUGCGAGUGCUUCCGACAGGCCUACAUCGAAGUUUGGCAGUAGAAGGGAACCCCACGGCGGAAUUCUCAUGGUUUCCAGGCUUUGCUUGGGCAAUGGCCCACUGCAGCCAUUGCAAUCGCCACUUGGGAUGGGCGUUCUACCCAGAAGAAAUGGAGUCUCAGGGUGCCAUCCAGGACUCUGAACCAGUGGCAGCUGCCGCGCGUCAGUGUGAGAUAGCUUUCUUCGGGCUGGUGCUCACGAAAAUGCGCGAAAGUCAGAUAUCCGACUCGGAAGUCGAGGAAGUUUUCUCCAGGUCAACAACAGACAGGCCAACUCAGCAAGAAGUGUCUGGCCUGCUGCGAUCUUUGAGACAAGCUUUGAGACAGGUUCCUGCUGAUGCGCUGCUGCUGUCGUAUGCAGGAAGCCCAGGUGUUGAAGGUUUUGCUGCAUCCAGCUCCUGUGUAGCAAGGAGAAUCACUUGCAUCACAUGCAUGCGCGUCCAAUGA